AUGGAAUCCGAAAUUAAAUAUGGCUUAAUUCUAUUGGGAAACAGUGGCGUCGGAAAAAGCUUUUUAGCAAACCGAUUGUUAAAUGAUGAUCAAGCAUUUGAAAGCAGAUUCUCCGUACGAUCCGUCACUCGUCAUACAGAGUGGAAGGAUAUGUCGGCAGCUAUUGGAAAUCAUACCUAUUCUGUAGCAAAUAUUCCCGGUCUGGUUGAAGCGAAUCAAAAAUUAAUUGAUGAAAAUCGUCAGGAAAUUAUGAAUGCAUUUGAACAACAUCCGUGUGCUAUCGUUCUUUUCGUUUUUGGAAAUAACAAUGGACGAAUACGCGACGAAGAUUUAGUUGCUUUUAUGCGAAUUAAUGGUGCUUAUGAAUUCUUACCUAAUUCAAUGAUUCUUAUUAUUAAUGGAAUUCCAUCAAAUCGACCUUCUGAUUACGAUAAGAAAACAACAAAGUUACUUCAAGAGCUCACUCAUAUAGAGACAACUCACAUUUACUUCAUAGAAGAGGCAACAUCAGAAACAAGUAAAAACAAGAUUCAUAAUCUUCUACGUGAUGCAAUAGCAGAAUGUGAGCCCAAUGUUCACAAAAAGAAACAUGAUAUUAAAUUAUUAGCUGAUGAAAUUUCUCGAUUAAAAAAGGAAAGUAAAUAUCGACAAGAUCAAUUAUUGGCACAACAGACUGAAGAUGAAACAGAAGAGAAUUUCAAUUCAACUUUAGAUUCAAAUUCAAAUCUGGGUCAACCAUUAUCUCAACCGACUGAAUAUGUAACACAAGAAAAACUCAACCUAAAUUCAGAUUCAACUUUAGAUCUGGAUGAACCAUCAUCACAGCAGCGGUUUACCUCAACAAGUAAAUCAGAAUUUGAUAUUAUAGAUAGUGAUGAACUGUUUAAUGAAACUAUGAAAAAUUUGAAUGCUGAAUACAAUUUAACCAUGGAAGAACUCAAAAAAUCAGAACAGAAUCGGAACACAGAUGCUAUAAAACAAUUGACUGAUCACAUUAAGAUGCAACAAGACCUAAGGAAAGAACUACGCAAUCAAAUGUCAUCGAGACGUCAAGUUACUGAAAAACAUUCAGAUAGUUUCUACCAAACCAUGAAAAGAAAACUUUUUGAAUUCAGUAAUACUUUUUGGCAUUCUAAGCCUCAUGGUGAACAUCAAUCGUGUCAACCUAGCCAUCCUAAGAAUUUGCAUCAUGACAACAACGAAGACAACUUUGAUUCGUCUAGUUCUCGGCCAUCAAAUUCUCAUCACAAAAAUCCUACUAGUAACUAA